UUUGACACACGGACACGGACGUUUGUCGUGUCAUUUGGAUAACACGCGUCGCACGGUACGGUACACGGGACGAGCGUCCUCGUAAGGACGCUCGAUUUGCUGCGUUGUGUGUGUGUAUGUGUGUAUGGGCGUGUGCGUGCGUACGCGCGAUUCGCGAAAGGGACGAUGGAUUACGUGCUAAUAAAGGAUAUCCGGGCGGGCCAGAAGAACAUCAACGUAGUGUUUAUCGUUUUGGAGGUUAGCCACCCUACCAUCACUAAAGAGAACCGCGAAGUUCGAACGUUCAAAGUGGCCGACAGCACCGCCUGCAUGAACGUCUCCAUCUGGGACGAGCCCGGACAGCUCCUCGUGCCGGGCGACAUCGUACGGCUCACCAAGGGCUACGCGUCCGUCUGGCGGCAAUGCCUGACCCUGUACUCGGGCAAGAACGGGGAUAUACAGAAGAUAGGCGAGUUCUGCAUGGUGAUCAACGAGCAGGUCAACAUGAGCGAUCCGAAUCCGAUGUUGUCGCAGCAGUUGGUCAAUCAGACCGGCUCGGGCCCGCCCGGCAGUAACGUCAACAACAGCAUCACCAACAACGGCAACGCCAACAGUAUCUCGGGUCAAUCGGGACGACAGCCCUUGGCCAUCCAAAGUAACACAACAACACCCAGUAGCGGAGCCGCGGCUAGUUCGACGACUGCGAAGAGCGGAAACGGCGGCAGCGGUAACGGGAGCAAUGUCGGAAGCGGUAGCGGCAGUGGCGGCAGUUCCGGUUUACCCGGUGGCUCGGUGCGAUAUUCGUCGUCAGAUUCGACGACAAAGUCGGCCUCGACGACCAAGAGCAAUUCACGAGGUCGCGGCAGCUACAGAAACGGUAGUCGCAGCGACCGGAGAUAACACACGAGAAGGAAGCGGCUAAUCAUAUACGUGUAACGAACAAACGUGUGUGCGCGCGCGCGAUAGAUUUGCGCGUUUGUGUAUAAUAUACUUUUUUUUUUAAACUUUGAUUCUUGACGCGUCUUAAGUGAGAAGUAUGUAUUUUGAGAUCUAGCGGCCAAUUGUUGCACGUACUAUUCCCGGGCUCGAGUACGCGAAUGCGAGUAUCAUGCGAAUAUUGUCAGUGAUCACCAACAAUGAUGGAUAUUCGAUUCGUCUUUUGAGAAAUUGUUUUCGAGUAAUUCUAUUGCGCAUAGUUUCAAAUAUUGUGUGUGUGAUUAAAGUCUUGCAAAUUAAAAAAAAAAAAUCUGUAAAAACUUUUAUCCUUUUCUCUGUAUAUUUUGAAAAUUUUUUAAUUUUUCUUUUAUUUAAAAGAUAUGUGAUAAUCUCAACAAAUGUAAAAGUCUUAAAAUCUUUGAAAAUUUUGAAGAUCUUGAACAUACAUAUUAAAAAUUUCAUUUAUGUGUAUAAUACAAUAGAAAUUAUAUAUUAUACUAUAUAUAUAAAACUCUGUAGAAUGUGUAACAUAUUAUAUUUAUAAUGUAUAUUAAUUAAAAUAUAAAAAUAAAUUAAUGUUAAGGUUAAUAGUUAGUUUUUAGUUACAAAAUUGGUAAAUAUAAUAUAUAUCCAUAAAUGUAACAUCUCAAUGAUCACCUUUUUCAUUUUGAGAUAUAUUUUGCGGAAUGAUAUCCUGAAUGAUUCGCACUUUUCUCUAUUUUUUAUCUUUCUUGCUUUUAUGUGAUAUUUAUAUACAUACAUAUAAAUUAAUUAAAAUUUAUAUUAAAAAUUUUAAUAUUACGCGCGUAUUUUUAUUAUUUCCAUACGAUAUAUAUAUUUUAAAAGAUAUAUUAUGAUCUUUAAAAAAAAAUUCUUCAAGACUUUUACCAUUGUUAAGAUUUUUAUAACUUUUUAUUGUUAAAUCUUAUAAUAUUCAGAAUGAUUCAAAACAUGCUUGUUAGUUUAUUGCUGCUUGUCAGUCGUUCUAAUCUGUAAAUAAUAAUUGGGAAGUAUGUCUUACUUCUAAAGGAAUUUUUUUUAUGAACGAGCGAAUUCUCAGCGACCAUCUUUAUCACGAGUGAUGUUCUUAAUUAUAAUGAAAACAGGUAUGGCAUCCUAUGUCAGUAAAACGAGUAAAACAUGUAAUAUAUAGAGGAGUAUUCUCUUCAUUAACAUCAUAAUUUAACAUUAUAAUUUAAAACUUCGAGAAAAAAUACAUAAUUAUUGUAUUUAACGUUUAUUCAAAGAAAAUUUAGAUGAGAUCGAAAACGAUAACUUUAGAUAAGAUCUGAAGUUUAUGGACUGAGCGAUUUCUAGUCAGCUGCAUGUGUUUACAGAAGAAAAUAUGUAAAGAGAGUCUCGGAGUCAAUUGAGUUUUUUACAUAUUGCAGAAAAAAUUCAAAGUGGUUUAACUUCGUGAAAUUAUUUUUACUAGUUUUUAGAUAUAGAAUACCAUUCUCUGUUAUUUAAUGUGUGUAAUUAAAAAAACUACUCUCUUUUUUACACAUAUGUGUAGAUUUUACGACCUAUUGCGAAUAUUCAUAUUUGAUUAUGUUGAACGAUGAGUUCAUCUUGGCAACCUUGAAUAAUAUUACCUAUUAUUAAAGUGGAGUAGUCCACAAUCGAGACUGACAACAUUAAUGACAUUAUUACAAUAUGUAAUAAUAAAAAUAUCCUCUUUAUAUGGUGCAAAUAAAAAAAAUCUGAGACUAAUGGAGAAUGAAUGAAUUAGAAGACAAAUUGGAUUGAAAUAAAAAAAUUCAUUUAUUUA